AAAAGAGUAACCAAUCUACAAGAAUAUGCCUUUUGAUGGCAGUGGAAAUGUUAAGAAUAUUUUGGCUACAUGGAUCAACUAAACAAAUUAUUAAUGUAGAUGUAGAUGUAGGUACCCUAGAUAAGACAAAUUGAAAGACACUCAACGUCGCCAUUCAACGAAUCAACAUAACCUACGGGAUUGCAAUAGAAAUGGAAGUGCAGACAGUGACCGUCCCUAUUCUGCCCUCUCAGCUUGGUCGCACUUUGACCCAUGAGCAUAUGAACGUGGUCUUUGACAAGUUCUACAUCCCGCCGCCAGAGCACCUCAAGGACGCCCUCUCUGGAGAUAUAACUUUGCAGAAUGUUGGACAUAUCAAGCAGUACCCGUACAGCAGUAAGACCAACGUAGCAUUCCACGGUAAGGAUGUACACGAGGCAGUGGUUGAGGAAAUGAAACUCUACUUGCGGAGUGGAGGUGGAACAAUCGUAGAGAACUCCAAUAUAGGACUUUCUCGUAACAUCCCUCUUAUGGUGCAAGCUAGCAAGAACUCAGGAGUGAAUAUCAUUGCCGGAACAGGUUACUACGUGUCUGCCUGCCAGGCAGCAGGUGAGCUGUCACUUAGUGUAGAAGCCAUGUGUAAGGUCAUGACCCAGGAGCUAACCGAGGGUUGUGUGGAGCAUCCUUCCGUCCGAUGUGGUUUCAUAGGCGAAGUUGGUAGCACUUGGCCCAUCACAGACUUUGAACGCCGUGCGAUUGUUGCUGCUGCAGAAGUGCAGAGUAGUCUCCACUGCGCGGUCAGCUUCCAUCCGGGACGUGACGCUAAAGCACCAUUCGAGAUCAUGCGGAUCUAUCUUGAAGCAGGCGGAGACAAGAAUAGGGCAAUCAUGUCUCAUCUUGAUCGUACUUUGACAUCAGAUGAGCAGUUUCUUGAGUUUGCCAGGCUGGGCUGCUUCUGUCAACAGGAUCUUUUCGGUACAGAAUGUUCGUUCUACCAGCUCAACCCUGCCCAAGACAUGCUGAGUGACGCCCAGAGAGUGGACAAGAUUAUCCGACUGAUUGAUGAUGGAAAAUUGGACAAGAUUCUUGUAUCCCAUGACAUCCACACCAAACAUCGCCUGGUUAACUUCGGAGGCCAUGGUUAUUCUCACAUCCUAAACAAUGUUGCUCCGAAAAUGCUGAUAAAAGGAAUUGAUCAAACAACAAUUGAUCAGAUUUUCAUUACAAAUCCAGCUACAUGGCUUUGUGGACAAGCAUGAAAUAGGAAUACGUUAUCUAAAAUAGCAAUAUGUGCAUUAAUAUAAUAGGGAUUGGUGUUGUGGCAAUUUCAAAAGUUUCAUUAACUCAAUUGUAUUGGAAUAAAAUUAUAGUUGUUCUGAUGAGAAAUAAAGUUUUAAAUUGACUCCAUGAGUCAAUAAUGUCAAAUAAGAUUUUUUCAUUAAACAUGUUAUUACUUAUUGUAAUGUCUAUUAUUAGUACAAUACAUUUAUAAUUGUGGUAA